AUGCACAGUCUCACUAAACUGGCACUCACAGCUCUGCUGCUGAUCUCACCAGCAGCAUGCAAUCCAAACCCCAAACCACCCGGCAAAGAUGCCAUUCUACUAUCAAAUGUGCAAACCUUAACUCUCCGCGCGCACCGCAUGACAAGCGCACGCCGCGUCUCACCAAUCCCCCAACUCAGCUGCGCAGGCCCAUCAAAACAAAUAUGCAACCUCUACCAACCAGAAGUAAUGCGCUGCACAAACCAAGGUUACGACUACGACGCGGAAGACGUGCAGUGGACCUGCACCGCAGACCUGCCGGCGGAGUUCAAGCUCGGCGCAACAGAUGUAAUCUGCGAGGGGUACCGGAAUGCCGAUGAUAAGUGGGUGUUGAAGGGGAGCUGUGGGGUUGAGUACCGGCUGCUCUUAACCGAAGCUGGUGAGAAGAGGUUUGGGAAGAAAGGAGGCGGCGAUUCGGAGUGGGAUUGGGCUGGGAAGGGCCGGUCCGGGACUGGAGGCCAGAAGACGACGGCGGUGCUUGGGGAUCUGAUUUUCUUUGGGUUCAUCGCUGCCAUUUUCGUUAUGAUCUUCUGGCCUAUGCUGGCGCAAUGUUUCGGGUGGGGGAAUCGGCGAGACAGGCGUCCGGAUCAGGCCCCGGGGACGGGUGGGUUCUGGGGAGGUGGUGGUGGAGGUGGAGGUGGUGGAAAUGAUCCUCCGCCUCCGUACAGCAGUUUCGAUUCUUCUAAACCUGCCGGUCAACAGCAGGGCUGGACGCCAGGUUUCUGGACUGGUGCGCUAGGCGGUGCUGCCGCUGGUUACCAGAUGGGGAGACGUUCUGAUAAUGGAUCGCGCGGCGGAAUGCCAAUGGGCAGGUCUGGUGGAUAUGACCCCGGUGAAGGCAGCUCGAGUUCGCCGCCGCAGUUUUCAUCUACGACUGCUAGUACUGGGUUCGGGUCGACCAGGCGUAGGUGA